AGAGUAUUUCCUGCUAGCUAGAUGAAAGCCGGUAAUAUUUAAAGGUUGCUUAUGUUAAUUACAUUGCAUUAGCGGUGUUAAUGAGUUGUGUUACGCACUGUUGUUUGUCGUUAGUGUGUUAUUUACACACUAUUUGUGUUAGCAUGACAUUGCCGUUGAAACAAGAUGCUAUUUUGUUAGCUAUGCUAGUUAGCUGGCCUCAUUUGUUUACAUAGCUAGCUAGCUAGCUAGCUAGUUGGUUUUAGUCAUGAAACCCAUUUAUCUCUGUCGUUUUAACAGGUUUCCUUUUUUCCUGCAACAUGGGGGGUUAAACCGAAACACGUUUAAGAUGAGAAACUACCAACAAAUGUGUUUUCUAGAAUGACAGCUGUCAAGUAAGAGGAGGGAUGAGGGUCUUUGGACCUGCAGAGUUGGUCGCGGCCCUCUGUGAUACAGACGAGCAGAAUCCUUUCCCCGUGUGGCAGAAUGGACGCGUCAGCUCUUGUUUCAACCAACUCGUCCUCGGAGUCUUGCCUCAUGCAGGGAUGGCUAUUUUCAGCGCCUGCUACGUCAGCAUGUCAAGGUGCGACCUCCUGCGGUCGUCUCCUCCCUGCGGUUGGACGCUCCGGUGGAUGUCCGCUCUGCUGGCGGCGCUGCUCUUCACCGCGGAUGUGGUCCUGGCGAGCCUCCUCCAGCGGACGGACUUGUACUUGGACGUCCUAGCUGACAGCACUGCCAUCCUGGCCUGGCUGGUCCACUUCGGUGCCAUCACGGUGCUCCAGAGGACAGCUUUCAGGAGAACCAGAGGACCCCCUCUGCUGCUGCUGCUGCUUCUUCUGUCCGUCCCGAACCUGGUCUUCACCUUGACGAUUUACUGCGACAAUCAGGAAUGUCUGAACCUCACAGAACCCCUUGAACUGGCUCGUUUUGUGCUUGCCUCAGCCCGCACGCUCCCCCUUCUGGUUUACAUGCUGGCAUUUGCAUUUCCCUGCAUCACCGAUGCUGGCUACACUCUGUACAUCAACGCCGUGGAUGGAUCCCCGCUCGUCCCAGAGGACACGCAGCCGGAAACGGGCGAGAUGGUGGCCGAGGACGGGAGCGGUUGCGUCUCUCGGCUCUUCUACCUGUGGUUGAACCCUCUCCUCAGACGGGGGCAGCGAGGCGAGCUGGACCGGCCGGCUGAUGUUUAUCACCUCCCUCAGAAACUCCGGACUAGCGUGGUCUGUCGGUACUUCCACCAGUGCUGGGACGCCUGCCGACACGGGGCGGCGGUCCGUAAUGGACAGGAUCCGUGGCCCAGGCCGGUGGGCAGAAACCUCCUGAGCGGCAGCUGGAGUUACCAGGAGGAACCGCUGGAGCUGGAGGGGGACGUAGGACUGCUCAGGGUGCUGCACAAGGCAUUCGGGUUGCGAUACUUCUACCUCGGUGUGCUGAAGGUGGCGGUCAACAUGCUGAGCUUCGCGGGGCCCCUGCUCCUUAGCAGUCUGUUAAACUUUAUGGAGGACAGGGACGCUCCUGUGAGCUGGGGUGCCUGGUGCGCUCUGGGGCUCUUCGCCACCACCCUUCUCUCCUCCUUCUUCCAGAACAUAUUCGUCUUCGAGGUCUCCAAGGUGGCGCUGUCAGCGCGCGCCGCCCUCGUCUCGGCCGUUUACGGCAAAGCCCUGCGGGUCAGCGGCAGCAGCCUGGCCGGCACCACGAUGGGGGAGGUGGUGAACCUGAUGAGCACGGACACCGACCGCGUGGUCAACUUCUGCUCCAGCUUCCACGAGCUGUGGAGCCUGCCCUUCCGGUUUGUGAUCACCCUCUAUCUGCUGUACCUGCAGGUGGGCGUGGCCUUCCUCGGGGGGCUGGGCGUGGCUCUGCUGCUGGUGCCUUUCAACAAGUUCCUCGCCACCCGUAUCCUUAGCAACAACCAACACAUGCUCAGGCACAAGGACAGCCGCGUUAAGUUAAUGACGGAGAUCCUCUUCGGCAUUCGCAUCAUCAAGUUCUACAACUGGGAGGCUCAUUUUACGCAGAAGGUCUCCGACUGUCGUAAACAGGAGCUGCUCCACCUCAAAGCCCUCAAGUACCUGGACGCCAUGUGUGUCUACACCUGGGCCGCUCUGCCCGUGGUCAUCUCCAUCCUCACCUUCGUCACCUACGUGCUGCUAGGAAACCAGCUCACUGCACCCAAGGUGUUCACCACGCUGGCUCUGGUGGGAAUGUUGAUCAUCCCUCUCAACUGUUUCCCCUGGGUGCUCAACGGCAUCCUGGAGGCCAAAGUGUCUCUGGAUCGGAUCCAACGCUUCUUCAAGCUGACCAACCAGGAUCUGCAGGCGCACUACGCCCUGGUGUCUCCUGAGGACAGUCAGACGUCGAUCCUGCUGAGCCAGGGGACAUUUUCCUGGCAGGGGCCCGACGCUGAAGGGAGUCUGCAGCUGCAUGGUCUCACGCUCCACAUCACCAAGGGCUCUCUGGUUGUUGUGGUGGGGAAGGUCGGCUGUGGGAAGAGUUCCUUACUGGCUGCUCUCACCGGAGAACUCAACAGGUACAUUUCACUUUACUACAGUUAUGUUUUAGUCUCUACCUGUUUUGACAAUGGUCCCAUUGUCCAUGAAGACAACCAUGUCGGCCUUGUCGACAAACUCGAUGCGGUGCGUGCAAAGGAUUCUGGUCUUCCCCCCGAGGAGCUCCAUGAUGCACCUCUUCAUGAGGUGUUCGGCCACGUCGGUAUCGACCGCCGCCAGCGGGUCAUCGAGGAGACAGGCACGCCAUCAGAAAUCCUUCCAUUGGUCGAGGCCCUGCCGAAGAAACGGAAGAAUGACCACAACAUGAAAGCGAAAGAUGGUGUGGAGCAGCAGGAGGAGGAGGAGGAGGAGGAGGAGGAGCCGGCUUUAUCUCCUGAUCUGUGUGUGGAUGAUGACCCCAACCUGUCGGGGGCGGAGCAGAAGCAGAUGGGCGGGCUGGCAUGGAAAGUUUACCACACCUACUGGGCUGCUGUGGGCGGAGUGCUGGCCGCCUCCGUCCUGAUGUCUCUGCUCCUCAUGCAAGCCUCUAAGAACGUCUCCGACUGGUGGCUGACUCACUGGAUCACAGAGCUGAAAAACAAUGGUUCCACUUCAACAAAUUCAACAAUUUCUUCCUCCGCUGCCUUCAGCUCACCACUCCUCCUUCUCUUCUCACCUGGAGGGUUAAUGUCUCCUCUGUCCUCACUGCAAAUGUUCCCUUCAAGCAACGUGAGUUCAGAUAUCAGGUUUUACCUGACGGUGUACAGCUCCAUCGCCACGGCCAACACCGUCUUCACCGCCCUCCGAGCCUUCCUGUUUGCCUACGGAGCCAUCUGCGCCGCCACAGCCAUCCACAACAGACUUCUGGACCGGGUCCUGAAGGCCACAGUGUGCUUCUUCGACACCACCCCGAUGGGUCGCAUCCUCAACCGUUUUUCCUCCGACCUGUACACCGUGGACGACAGCCUGCCGUUCAUCCUCAACAUCCUGCUGGCCAACGUCUUCGGUCUGCUGGGCAUGCUGGUGGUGAUAAGCUACGGCCUCCCUUGGGUCCUCGUGCUCCUUCUGCCCCUGGCUCUGGUCUACCACCGCACGCAGCACUUCUACCGACACACCUCCCGGGAGCUGAAGCGCCUGUGCAGCAUCACUCUGUCGCCCGUCUACUCGCACUUCUCCGAGACGCUGACUGGGCUGGGAACCAUCCGGGCCAGCGGCUGCUCUGCCAGGUUUGAGGAGGAGAUCGCCAGGCGUCUGGAGCAGAACCAACGCUGCCUGUUCCUUAGCAACGCCACAAUGCAGUGGCUGAGCAUCCGCCUGCAAAUGAUUGGUGUUGCUGUGGUAACCGGCCUCGGGGUGAUCGCUGUUGUCCAGCACCGGUAUAGUUCUGUCGAUCCAGGUCUGGUGGGUCUGUCCCUGUCCUACGCCCUGUCCAUCACAAACCUGCUGUGUGGACUCAUAUUCAGCUUCACCCAGACUGAGAUGCAGCUGGUGAGCGUGGAGAGGACUGAGGAGUACUCCACCGGCCUCCCCACUGAGCCACAGCACCAAAACACACAGCUGCCCCCGGCGUGGCCCGAGCAGGGCUGGGUGGAGUUCCGCGACGUGGUUUUGGUCUACAGGGACGGUCUUCCUAACGCCCUGGACGGGGUGAGCUUGGUAGUGCGACCUGGGGAGAAGGUGGGCGUCGUGGGACGCACCGGCUCCGGAAAAUCCUCCCUGUUCCUGGCUCUGUUCCGCAUGGUGGAGCUGAACCAGGGUCAGAUUCUCCUGGACGGGCUGGACAUCAGCUCCGUGGGCCUGUCUCAGCUCAGGUCCAGGUUGGCCAUUAUUCCUCAGGACCCCUUCCUGUUCAGCGGGACCAUCAGGGAGAAUCUGGACCCGUGUGGGCGACACUCAGACCAGCAGCUGCUGGACGUCGUGGACCAGUGCCACCUGAGCUCUGUGGUCAACAGGAUGGGUGGUCUGGAUGCUGAGGUUGGGGAGAGAGGAAGAUCCUUCUCAGUGGGACAGAGACAGCUGCUGUGUCUGGCCAGAGCUCUGCUGACCCGGGCCAAGGUGCUUUGCAUCGAUGAAGCCACCGCCAGCGUGGACCAGAAGACGGACAACCUGCUGCAGGAGACCAUCAGAGAGACGUUUCAGGACAUGACCGUCCUCACGAUUGCACACAGGAUCAACACCAUCAUGGACUGUGACAGGGUGCUGGUGAUGCAUGCUGGGAAGGUGGUGGAGUUCGACACCCCAGCUGCUCUCUGUCAAACAGACCGCUCCAUCUUCCAAAGGCUGGUCGGUCCGAGAGGAGAAUGAGACGACUGGAAGACACUGGAAGAAAG